GAAGACAAUUCAGACGCGUUCAAACUGUAAGAUGACGAGAAUGUCAGCACGACUCCAACAUCUAGCAGUUCUCUCCUUUGCUGCCGUUCAUCUUCUCUUGGGUUUCAUCUGUCCAGUCAGCAGUCGCAUUUAUCGAACAAAUGAUGCCGUCGUCAUCGAAGUUGAUGAUGUGAAACCGCCUCUUAGCCCCUCUGCCAUGAGAAAUUUCGGCAAUCCCCCAACGAACCCGAUGAUGUACGCAGUCAAUCCGUACACUGGUCUCAUGUCCCAGCCGUACCCAAAUUUUCCGUUCUGGCCUUAUCCGCCUUAUCCGCUCUACAAGCCUGCCAGCAGCUUCUCUGAUGCCGAUGAUGUUACAGCAACUUCCCCUGAAUCCAGGCAGGAGAAUAUUGCCUGUGGUAAGGGACCUGAUGCACCACCUCAACGUAAAACCCCAACGGUUGGCAUCGUCGGCGGAUCCGAUGCCGUGGAGAAUUCCUGGCCGUUUAUCGUGGGGCUGAGGUGGGGAUUCGAUGUGGGUUGCGGAGGAUCGAUCAUUUCCCCGACGAGAAUCCUCACAGCGGCCCAUUGCGUGGAUAGAUUAUCAGCGUUCGAUAUUUCGACGAUGGUUGUAAGUCUUGGCAUGCACACCCAGGGAAAUCUCCCAAAACCAGAACCACAAAACGACGCACAGAUGACGAGGAGAGUCACUCGCGUUGUCUACCACCCAAGUUAUAAUGCAAAGACAGUACAUUUUGACAUUGCCGUCUUGACGGUAGAACCGCCCAUCGUUUACUCAGCUGCCAUUUCACCCGUUUGCUUGCCGCCAUUCAAUAACGCCACUGAUCAAUUCGUGGGUAAAGAUGCUGCCAUUAUGGGAUGGGGAACAUUGGAAUCAGGAGCAAAAGUGCAACCGAAUGUACUUCAGCAAGCUACCGUCCAAAUUAUUCCUAACAAAGAUUGCAAUGCGCAAUAUAAGGGUGUAAUAAUUAGACAGCAACUCUGUGCAAGUGCCCCCGGAAAAGACUCAUGCCAAGGUGACAGUGGAGGUCCACUCGUCGUCCAAGCCAAAGCUGGUUCUACUGAAUGGACCCAGGUCGGCGUCGUCAGCUACGGACGAGGCUGUGCGGUUCCAGAUUUCGCUGGCGUUUACGCGAGUGUGGCAUUUUUCAGGAACUGGAUUGAUACCUACAUGAAAGACUAAACACAACACCGUAAUCUUUGUGAAGCCCUAUUGGUUCAAACGGCACAGCUUGGGCGUUUCAAAUCGGAAAGUAAAAUUUCAAACGGUUGAUUUUAUUGGUCAAUAUUAAAGAAUAGCAUUAUAUUUGUGUGGGAAAACAGGUACGCCAUAUUAUAUAAGGUAUUCAAUAUGCAAUUCAAUAGUAUAUGCUUUGUCUUUUGCUGGGUCCUUGGCGGUCCUUGCACGAUGCUCUAAUGGUUGUGGCUAUACGAAUUCUUAUUGGUGCUUAAUACACAACACAUGAAAAUGA